GACUAUAUUAAAUAGCUGAAAGUCUCACAGGUUCCAGAGACUGAGAAAAAUGGAAUCAUCACAGGGUAUCUAUAAGAGAUGCGAGGAACCCGAGGAACAGGGGAAGAAACCAAGCAAGAUAUUUGAAAAAACAGGUAGUUUUCUGCCGCAAAGCUGCCGAGGUGGUUCAGGAGUAUCCCUGCCCAUCAUUUUUCUUGUGAACAUUGCAUCAUUUUUGCUGUGGAUCAUCAUUAUUGCUGUAAUGACAUCAAAAUAUUCUACGAUUUCCAAGGAACUAGAAGAGCUGCGUUUGAAUCAAACUUUGCUGACCAAAAAAGGUCUCAAUACAGAGAAGCAGUUGCAGCAGUUCGACUCCAGUCAUUCUGCUCAGGAAACAGUACUAAAUGACAACCUAAAAAAGCUGGAGGAUGAUCACAAUAGCAUGAAAAAGGAUGUGAACCAAAACAUAAAACGGAUAGAGACUCAAAGUAACGAAAAUGUGGAGACAGUCGUUAAAUUAAUCAAUGCAGUCCAUAAGAUUAACGCUUCGGGCUGCCAGAUAUGUCCAAAAGGUUGGCUGCUGAACAAAGACAAAUGCUACUAUUUCCAGAUGGAGAGUCAGGCCUGGUCUUUUGCGCACACGAAAUGUGAGCAAUAUGGAGGCAACCUGGUUGUCAUUGAUGAUUGGAAUGAGCAGAGUUUUCUUGCUUCGCAAAUGAAAGGCAAGGCAUUCUGGAUUGGUCUAAGUGAUAUGAGUUCUGAAAACAACUUUGUUUGGGUAGACAAUAGUACCCCGAAAUUUACCCGCUGGCGUCUAGGAGAACCCGACAAUGGUGGAAGAGGGCAAGACUGUGUAGUGAUGAAUUCUUCUGGCCAAUGGGAAGAUCGUGAAUGUGGAAAAAAUGUGGAUGGCUGGAUUUGUGAAAAGUCCUGGAAUUGCUAACUGUAUCCGAUAAGAGCAAGACUCAACAUUCAACACUCCUAACACAUGUGUAUUAUUUUGAGCUUUGUUAUUUUUAUUGUCUGUUAUUGAUUUGCUGUAUAUUGCUUUACCGAGCACUAUCAGUAUAUGGUGCAGCGUAACUAUUUUAGUAAAUAAUAAAGUAUAUAAUACAUUAGAAAAA